GGUCAUGAUAUUCUCAUGGCUACAAUGCUUAAUGGAGCUGCAAUUAUGGAUGGAGCAUUACUUCUAAUUGCUGCUAAUGAGAGCUGUCCCCAACCUCAGACUUCUGAACAUUUAGCUGCUGUUGAAAUUAUGCGCCUCCAACACAUAAUAAUUCUACAAAAUAAGGUUGAUCUAGUUCAGGAAAAUGUUGCUAUUAACCAGCAUGAGGCAAUUCAGAAAUUUAUUCAGGGAACUGUUGCUGAUGGUGCCCCAGUAGUACCAAUCUCUGCUCAAUUGAAGUACAACAUCGAUGUUGUUGCUGAAUAUAUUGUGAAGAAAAUUCCCAUUCCUGUUAGGGAUUUCAUUUCACCGCCAAAUAUGAUAGUCAUCCGAUCAUUUGAUGUUAAUAAACCUGGUUUUGAAGUUGAUGAUAUCAGAGGUGGUGUCGCUGGUGGCAGUAUACUGAAGGGCGUGCUGAAGGUAAAUCAACUCAUUGAAGUUCGUCCUGGUAUUACAGUCAAGGAUGAGAGUGGCAACAUUAAGUGUACCCCAAUAUAUUCAAGAAUAGUGUCGUUGUUCACUGAGCAAAAUGAGCUACAAUUUGCUGUGCCCGGAGGCCUCAUUGGAGUUGGAACAACUAUGGAUCCAACACUGACUCGUGCUGAUCGAUUGGUGGGACAGGUUCUUGGGGAGGUUGGGUCACUUCCUGACGUAUUUGUCGAACUGGAGGUAAAUUUCUUCUUGCUCCGCCGUCUUGUAGGAGUGAGGACAAAGGAAUCUGAAAAGCAGGGUAAAGUCUCAAAGUUGGCCAAGGGAGAAAUCCUCAUGUUAAACAUAGGAUCUAUGUCAACAGGGGCUCGUGUUGUUGCUGUCAAGAACGUCUUUGCAAAACUGCAGUUGACAUCACCAGUGUGCACCAGCAAAGGUGAGAAGAUCGCUCUUAGCCGAAGAAUUGAGAAGCAUUGGCGUCUCAUCGGCUGGGGCCAAAUUCAAGCUGGAAUUACCCUUGAUGUCCCACCUUGCCCAAUCUGAGUGAACUACACACCAAUUGCUGAUUUACAGGGAAGAGAAACAGUCAAUCAACACGAUUUUGCGAUUUAGAUGUGGGAAGGCAGACAGUUGCUAGGAACUAUAAAAGAUUAUUUGAAAUUUCGAAUACUCUAUAUAAUUUGCAAUAUUACCUUUUACUUAUUUGUGACUUCUUUUUUCUUUUUCUUCUCUUUUAUUCCCCCCUUUCUAGUGGUUGUACUUUUGUAAUUCAUUAGUUGUUAAGGGUGGAUAUUAUUCCUUUGAGUUCAUCAGAAACAUUGAGGUUGCGGCA